AUGAUGCUCCAGCAGGACACCAAAAAGUUUGUGAACAAGAGGACGCUGACCUCCCGCCUUUCCAAAGACACAACUAUGAUGAGCCGCUCGGUGCCGCUCAACACCAAUGUCUUCCUGCGCAACCUGGUCAAGUCCGUUGGGCUCUACGUAUUCAUGAUCGGCCUGUCCUGGCGCCUGACGCUGCUGAUGCUGAUCGAGACCCCACUCAUGAUGGCCGUCCAGAAGGUCUACAAUGCCCGACACCAGGCUUUGCUGAAGGCCAUCCAGGACUCCGUGGCCUGUUCAGAGGAGGUGGUGCGUGAGGUCAUCUCGUCCAUGGAGACCGUACGCAGCUUUGCCACCGAGGAGGAGGAGUCAGAGCGUUACGAGGCAUCCUUGGGGGACACUUGCCGGCUGAAGAACCAAAGGGACUUGGAAAGGAUCCUUUACCUAUUUGUUGUAUGGUUUGUCAAACAUUAUGAGAUGACAGGGGCGCUGGCCUCCCGCCUUUCCAAAGAGACAACUAUGAUGAGCCGCUCAGUGCCGCUCAACACCAACGUCUUCCUGCGCACCCUGAUCAAGGCCAUUGGGCUCUACAUGUUCAUGAUCGGCCUGUCCUGGCGCCUGACGCUGCUGAUGCUGAUCGAGACCCCACUCAUGAUGGCCGCCCAGAAGGUCUAUGAUGGCCGUCGUCAGGCUGAAAGAAAAGGGAUUGUGCGUGUGCACCCCUAUCAUUGUCCUCAAGGGAAGACAGGAAAAGGAGGAGGUUACUUCAUGCCAGUAGCUACAAGAAGGAACAGAGAAGUAGCUGAAAAAGAGGAUGAGGAAGCCAAUUUGAAGAAUGUCUUCUUUGAGCUCUGCCCUGGGGAAGUGACGGCCUUGGUGGGCCCAAACGGCAGCGGAAAGAGCAGCUGCGUCGCCCUCCUGGAGCACUUCUAUGAACCCCAAUCCGGGGAGGUCCUGCUGGACGGAGUCCCAGUUGGGAAAUACGAGCACAAGUAUCUCCAUAGGCAGGUGAGAGAGGACGGAGCAGCCUGGUUGGGAGCAGCAGAGGCUGUUGGCUUUGCUACCCGUUCGGGGCAAGAAGAUUUAAGGGAUGGCUUUGUCUUGCAACCCUCCAUCGUUCUUGCUUAUCUUCCUGCAGAAGUGGGGGAGAAAGGAGGAAUCCACCCAGAAUCUCUUCUGGAUCACUGCUUCCUUUUCCCCAUCCAGCAGUCUGUGAAGAGUGGAGGCCGGACGGUGCUGGUGAUUGCUCACCAGAUGCAGACGGUGGAGAACGCAGACAAGAUUGUGGUGCUGGAAGGAGGGGAGGUUGUGGAGAAGGGGACUCACACGGAGCUGAUGGGCCGGAGAGGCCCCUACUACAGACUGAUGGAAAGGACCCAGCCGGAGGGACUUCUGGAGUUGCAAGGGGGAGCUCAGCCAUAGGAUCCACUGCUUUUGUAGAGGCCAAAUGAACGAUCGGCUGGGGAGAUGUUUCCAAGCCACUGUCUUCUUUAGUAAAGGCACCAAUGAAUGCACCAAUUUUUCCUUUGUUCAAAUUUGGCCUGUGAGAACUUUUUACAGAACCUCCCCUUUUACUACAGGCUUUAAUAUUGGUCUCCGGCGCAGCUUCAAUUCCUCUUUGUUUUGUUAACUAAAGUACCUCUGUGAUCCCUUCUAGUGCUUGUAAAUCUGUAUUUGGAUGGAAGUCCCACGGAUGGGUCUCCUUUAGCAGAGUUAGAGAAUGGCCACAAAAUGGUUGCACCCUUCAAAUUUCUCCUACUCAAGUGAUAUUUCUGUGGAAAACAGGAAAAUGGCUUUUAGUUCAAUGGAAAAAGGCAGUGAAAAAAAUUAAUUGUAUGUUUCUAUAUUUUUAUUAAUAAAUUGCAACAGUAAAAGAU